AUGAUUUAAUUUAAUAAUCUCAUAAAAUCUGUUAUCAGUUCAUAUUUGUUAUUGUAGCUGUUGUGCUGCUGCAGAUUCUACGUUGACCUGUAGCUGUCAGAUUUCUGCAUUCACAACAGUCUCUGCAUGCUGUGUGUGUUGAAUGUGUAACUAUUAUAAACUGACUUCUAUUUUUCAUUAAAAUUCUCUUCUUCAGAAUGAAAAUAUUAUAUUCAUGACAUUAGUCGUACACACACAUGCUAUCAGUAAACCAGAACACUGGUGGAGUAAUUCUCCUCCCCUGCUAAAUGUUUUCUGAAGGAUUCAAAUCAUUAAAUGGAAUUAAGUGAAUAUGUGUUGUAAGAUUUUUAGAAUUUGAGUAUAGGCCAACCAGAUGUUUGUCAUACAAUGUUUUCCAAAAGACAUGAAUGUAGAGUCAAGGGUCAAUGUCUAUUUUUUACCAACAUCAUGUUGAAUAGAAUGCUUGGCACAUCCAUCAUUCUUUUUUUAUAUCAACGUUAUAGUAUUAUACGAUCAAUCAUCUCCAUUUCCCAUAGCUAUAUUUUUCAGACAUGUCUAUAACAGUCAUUGGUCCUCAGAGAGUCGCCUAUCAUCUCCAUCCAAAUCUCAGGCAGCAUCCUAUCCGCUGUCUCCACGAGCUCAAGGUCCUCCUUCUCUCCUCCGCUCUUGGUUACCAUGGGGAUGACGUCACCUUGCGCCACACGUUCAGCCCAGUAAUGGUGGAUUCACACGGUACGCGGCAGUCGCGCUGGUCCACUUUAUUUUCACAGGGAAACAUGCGGUAAGCAGCAAAACGCGGGCCGCUUCGUUGGCGGUGCGCAAGAGGUGCUCGUGCAUCCAAAAUCCUGCAACUUCCACGGGCACCGUUCUUUAAAGGCGACUAUUACGCGGCAAUUCCACCGCUCACCGUGUACCGUGUGAAUGACCCAUAACGGGGUUAAGAGGCGGGCGUUCAUCUGCGAGGAGAGAGACGCUCUCGUAAAGAAAAAAAGCAGCUCAGCCCGUCAGUGUGCAGAAGACGACGACCCACGACUUCUCCAUCCCCGCCAUUACCAGACACCAUGCGCGAGAUUGUGCACCUGCAAGCCGGUCAGUGCGGCAACCAGAUCGGAGCUAAGUUCUGGGAGGUUAUCAGUGAUGAGCACGGCAUUGAUCCAACCGGAGCAUAUCAUGGAGACAGCGACCUGCAGCUAGACAGGAUCAGCGUUUACUACAACGAGGCCUCAGGUGGGAAGUAUGUUCCACGAGCCAUCUUGGUCGAUCUGGAGCCUGGCACCAUGGAUUCAGUUCGCUCUGGACCCUUUGGGCAGAUCUUCAGGCCUGACAACUUUGUGUUCGGUCAGAGCGGUGCUGGAAACAACUGGGCCAAAGGCCACUACACAGAAGGAGCAGAGCUGGUAGACUCUGUUCUAGAUGUUGUUCGUAAGGAAGCCGAGAGCUGCGAUUGCCUGCAGGGUUUCCAGCUUACUCACUCCCUGGGUGGAGGGACUGGAUCCGGCAUGGGUACCCUGCUUAUCAGCAAGAUCCGCGAAGAGUACCCAGACCGUAUCAUGAACACCUUCAGCGUGGUGCCCUCGCCCAAGGUGUCCGACACAGUGGUGGAGCCCUACAACGCCACCCUGUCCGUCCACCAGUUGGUGGAGAACACGGACGAGACCUACUGUAUCGACAACGAGGCUCUCUACGACAUCUGCUUCCGCACCCUCAAACUCACCACACCAACCUACGGCGACCUUAACCAUCUUGUCUCCGCCACCAUGAGCGGCGUGACCACCUGCCUCCGCUUCCCUGGCCAGCUCAACGCCGACCUCCGCAAACUGGCCGUCAACAUGGUGCCCUUCCCCCGUCUCCACUUCUUCAUGCCCGGCUUCGCUCCACUCACCAGCCGUGGCAGCCAGCAGUACCGCGCCCUCUCCGUGCCCGAGCUCACGCAGCAGAUGUUCGACGCCAAGAACAUGAUGGCCGCCUGCGAUCCACGACACGGGCGUUACCUGACAGUGGCCGCCGUGUUCCGCGGACGCAUGUCCAUGAAGGAGGUGGACGAGCAGAUGCUCAACGUGCAGAAUAAGAACAGCAGUUACUUCGUUGAGUGGAUCCCCAACAACGUCAAGACCGCCGUGUGCGACAUCCCGCCACGCGGGCUCAAAAUGUCCGCCACCUUCAUCGGCAACAGCACGGCCAUCCAGGAGCUGUUCAAACGCAUCUCUGAGCAGUUCACCGCCAUGUUCCGCCGCAAAGCCUUCUUGCACUGGUACACCGGCGAGGGCAUGGAUGAGAUGGAGUUCACCGAGGCCGAGAGCAACAUGAAUGACCUGGUGUCCGAGUACCAGCAGUACCAGGAUGCCACCGCCGAAGAGGGCGAGUUUGAAGAAGAGGGCGAGGAAGAAGUCGCCUAAAUCACAACCAUUGCCACAUCCACUUCACCCCUAACAUUUCAUUCUUCACAUGACAAAAAACAAUGCUCUCCAGAACAAACAAAUGUGUUCUCCUUCUCAGUAUCCGUUGAAAACAAGUGACAUUUUAAUGAACAGUGAACAUUUUGACUUUUGUGUUUCUGAAUGUUGUGAAUUCACGCCCUCAAAUCUUCCCCUCAUCCAAUGCAACUGAGUUUAAACUGUGAAGAUUUGUGAACAUUGUGACUUUGUCAAUGCCAAUCUGAAUAAAGGCCGAUUCUACAUGAAA